UAAAGGCGGAGUCAUGCCAGGCCAAGAUGGAAACGACUGAGCCGCUGCGGAACCGCCCACUUUGGUCUUCAAAACCGGCCUGCAGAAACCAAUGGGUGACGUCACAGACGCUACGUCCAUGUUUAUAUACAGUCUAUGAUAGUUACCCAGAUAAUUUAAAAAAAAGUAGGCUUAAAGAACUGUAUGGAAAUAAUUACAUGACAUCAUGAGAUUAUUAAAACACCCAUCAAGCGUCAUGCAUGCAUGUACCUGUAGUUUGUUUGAGCUUUUAACGCGUCACCGUUGAAGUGAACGUCGGGACACUACAUUUCCCAUGCACCACUGCGGUUUAAAUCCCCGCCGUGGUGGCUUUAUGGGAUUUGAAGGAGGAAGCUUCGAUCGUCGCGCCACCGUUUGCCGGGUUUUGCUCAACAACUUAAACUACAUUACCCAGAUGUAUAAACAAUGGAAACGCUGAGCGUUUUGGGCUCAUCCUUGACCGGACUCGAGCCUGAGAGCUCUGCUGCAUAUCGCAGCCAGACGCCGGGGCCAGUGAAAUGACUAUCGCGCCGGCGGAUAUGAACUUAAUGAUGUGAGGACUCCUUCCCUGUCGUCCCGACUGCAGCUCAGCAUGGCGCAGGAGGACAAACGCAGCCUGGAGGCGAAAUUUGCCGCUGCAGUCAAAGUGAUCAUGAGUUUGCCGGAAGAAGGUCCUUUCCAGCCAUCUGACGACAUGAUGCUGAUGUUCUACAGUUACCACAAGCAGGCCACCUCUGGACCCUGCAACAUCCGCAGACCGAGUGGCUUCUGGGACACUCGUGGAAAAGCUAAAUGGGACGCAUGGAGCUCUUUAGGAAAUAUGACAAAGGAGGAAGCCAUGAAGAAUUAUGUUGACGACAUCCAGCUGAUUUUGGAGACCAUCCCGAUCUCGGACGAAGUGUCCGACCUGGUGCAGAGGCUUGGCGACUUCUACACUGAGGUAGACGGAGAAAGUGACGAAGCUGAGGAAAACGAAGUGGACAGGAGGCCCUUCACCAGGCCUUUUGCAAAACAUGCAGAUGAGCUGGUCAAACCAUUUAAGAAACCAACAAUGGAAGGCUUUGGGGAUCUGUGGGAUGACAUACAAAAGCUUCAAGAAACAGACAGUGUUCAUGGCACAUGUGUCACUAGCGAGGAGAAACAGGGAAGUAAAGAAAAUUGUGAAACGGAGACAAAGGUAGAAAGUUGUGAUUGGAAGAGAAGUGAGGAGGAGGAGGAGGAGGAGAAUGGGGGUGAAGAAGACAAUGCAGACGACGAAGACGAGGAGGAAGAGGAGGAGGAAGAAGUUUGGAAUCCUGAUCGGAGGCUGCUGAUGGUGGAGGACAAGAGGUGGAGGUCUGACACCAGAGGCUCUGGCAGCAGCGUGGAACCCAGCGUGUCCUCCUUCACCAACGGGGGACACAGCUCCCUCAACAGCGAGGUGGAGGAGGAGGAACUGGCCUGUUUCAUUGAGCCCAGCGUGCAUUACAACCCGUAUGUGCACUUUAAUGGACACCUGAGUGAUCAUAGUCGUACUGUCGCCGAGAAGAACCACCGAUCCACAGACUCGGAUAACGAGGAAUUCUGUGACUCAAUGGAGCAUCUAGCCAUGGAAGAGCGGGCGUCGACAUCAAAGGCUCAGUCCCCUGGAUCAAGAGCUGCCUCGUUGAAGCAAAACGAUCUUUGGUUUGAGAGCAACACCACCCUGAAUGGAGGAGAGGAUCAGGCAGGAACAAGAGAUUCCUACUUUAAAGACGGGACCAGUACAGGCCAACACAACAGCUCCUUAUCAAGAAGAGGGACAGUUUCAGGUUCUCAGUCGUUAGGGGCGACCUGCAGCUCCUGGUGGUGUGUCGGUGCACAUGCUGCCAGCUGUUGUGUGUCAGAGAGCAGACGUCCCGUCUGUGGUACGAGGAGAAACAUCAACGAGCAAAUAGCCACAGCUCUGCUGAGGCUGCAGCGGGACAUGGCCAACGUGUUGCACAGGCUGCACGCUCUGGAGAUGCUCACCGUGUCACAGUCAAGAUCACAGUCACCAAGGCAGGAGGACUCCCUGUCUGUAUCACGAAAGAUCCUGAGACCAUCCUGGUGGCCUUUUGACUUCUCUCCACUCACAGUGGUGGUGACUGCACUUUGGCCACUGAUUGCCCAUUGGCUUUUCCAGCUUUUCUUGAUGCGGAAGAGAAGGAGAAUCCCCUGAAUUGUCUGACAACCAUCAUCGUCAAUCAAAAACGUGAACCUGGAAUGAAAUUACUGCUUGUCUUGUGGCUUCAUUGAGGUCACCAACCCAGACAAUGAGGCAGCAGUAGAGAUGAAAGGAUAUGUUGGUCAGAAAGGAGUUCUGAGGGAGACUGCAGUGUGUAGCAUAACUUUGAUGGAUGCCUUGUGGACGUUUAAAUGAAGGAAAGAUAAAUGCAUUAUAGAUGCAGGCACUUUCUAAAUGUUAUAGUUAGCCUAGCAUUAGGUGGUCUUAUUUAUAACUCAUAUAACUGAGUAAAGGUUUAGCUGAAAUAAUGUCAUGAUCAUAAAUUGGCUGUUGACCUUGAGUAAUAAGAGGGUUUCACCAUUGUCAUUGCCAGUGAUUUUAUAUUUAUUGUACAUUCCAUUGUUUAUUUAUUCAUUAAUUCAUCGCCUACCGCUUUAUCCAUUUAAGGGUCGCGGGGGGUCGCUGGAGCCAAUCCCAGCUAACAUUGGGCGAGAGGCGGGGUACACCCUGGACAGGUCGUCAGCCUAUCACAUUGUUUAUUUAUGUUUCUUCAAAUAUUAUUUCCUCACGAUUAAACCAAUCAGCAUUUACUCUGAUGAUAAAAAUAUUUGAGGCAUUUCAUUUCUUUUGAGACCAAAUAGACAUUUAAUAUAAAAUAUGGUUAUUUAUGUGUAAAUGUUUGAUUUAUUGCUUCAGUGAAACUGCAUCAAAGACUGAAAGAAAUGACAUAUGUAGAAAAUCAUAUACUGUUAGUGUCUAUAUAAAAAAAAACAUUCAUGUUUCUUGUCAGCAAGGUCAAAGUACUUUCAAAUAUACAGUAUCAUAAUUGAAGCACAUUUGAAAAUGCAAUAAAUACAUUCCUGGAACAAACA